AUGGAGAAAUUGGCAGAAAAGAUCAAAGCGCCAACGUUGCCUGAAGAAACAAUAGUUGAGGAUGAACCGAAGAGUGAUGAAAACGGCGUAGAUGAAGAAUCGGAAGUCAAAUAUGAAGAGGCAGAAAUGAAACGCGAAGAAGAAGAUUACCAAAAAAAUUUCUCCGUUAUUGGCUCACACAAAUUUAUUCCAUUAAAGCCUAUUCAGUUUACCAGUUCAUGGAUCAAUGAUGCAAUUUGGUUUCCUGCUGCAAUUAAGGCGGAAAAUUUAGAGCCAUUAGAAACAAUUACCGAGUUGCCGGUUGAAAUCUUUGACGCGGCCGUGCUACCUAAACUUUUGCGCGAAUUACGACAUCCGUCCGCAAUACGACCGCGAGAUGUUGCGAUUUCUUCGCCAACUGGAAGUGGAAAAACGCUUUGUUACGCACUGCCCUGUCUUGCAGCCGUCGGAGCACGUCCGAGAAAUCAACCGGUUGCACUGAUUAUUGUGCCCGUUCAACCUCUUGUUCAACAAGUGGAAAAAGAGUUAAACCGGUUCAAUGCAUAUGGUGCGAAAGUAUUUGCGAUGUCUGGGGCUGAAACCUAUGCAAAAGAAAGAAGAAAACUCUUCGAUGAGAAUGGGAGAUCGGCGGUUGAUAUUAUUAUUGCUACACCAGAUCGGCUCGUGCGUCACCUUUGUGAUGAUGUAGGCGAACUUGAUCUUUCGCGUGUUAGAUUACUUGUUAUUGACGAGGCCGAUAGAAUGGGUGAUCUAUUAAGGAUGGAAUGGCUCGAAUUAGUUGAACAGAAAAUUAAUUCUACAUCAACUACUUGGAAAGUGAGCUCAUUAAAGCAACUUGUUGAGUCACGAAGCGCCCCUCGGAAAAUCCUACUAUCAGCUACAUUAUCGAAAGACGUCGAGAAACUAAAACUUUGGGCUCUUCAUAGACCACAACUGUUUAGUCCUCGUUGGGAUAAAGAGAAAGUUGAAACAAGGACUCAAAAUGGCGCUCAAUCAGAUGAGCUAGUUUUGCCCGAAAGUAUCUCUCAUCGGAUUGUUUGCUGCAGCCUGAAAUACCACCCGCUUUAUGUCUAUCAAGAAAUCGUUAAAAGCUCAUGGGAGCGUGUGCUAAUCUUUUCAAACCAAAGACAAUCUUCCGAAAGACUUUCUCAAGUACUUGCACAAUUAGCCGGAACUGAUUUCAAAGUUGGGCAUCUAACUGCCGAUUUGUUUGGCAGACGCCGUGGUAAAAUUCUGCAACGUUUCCAGUCGGGAGGGAAAAGUGUUCUCAUAGCCUCGGAUGUUUUGUCUCGCGGUAUUGAUCUUGCAAAUAUUGAUGUUGUUUUCAAUUAUGAUUGUCCAAAAAGUGAGCUCCUUUUUGUUCACAGAGCUGGGAGAACGGGACGUGCGGGAACUUCUGGUGAAGUGGUAACUGUGAUUGAGAACGAACAAAAGCACGGUUUCAAGUUCAUGCUGAAGAAAUCCGGACUUUUGAACAAUUUGAGCGAAGAAUUUAUUGAAGACAAAGCUUUCGAAAAAGAUCAAACACUGGAAAAAUAUCGGCAAUCACUCGCUGAAGUCAAGGCUCAAUUGAUAACAAAGGACAAAAGACUAAACAAAAAAGUAGAGUACAAUCGUUUGUAUCUGGCAAAUAAAACCGGAAAGCGAAGAUGGAAUCAACAAGUUGACAAGAAG